AUGUAUGUGAAAUGGUUUGAUACAGUAAUGUUUUACUAUGUGAUUUUAUUGAAUGUCACUUUUUGUAAUUUUCAAAUUUCCCGCUGUUCUGUCCCCGUACGUCCUGACAUUGCAGGGGACGGAACCCAGAAGACAGAUGCCGGCAUCGGCCGGAGGACAUUACAGGGGACACUGCAGGAGGGAUAUCGUGGGAGCGCAGGACAAGGUAAGAGAAGAACAGAUCCUGGAGCAGCGCCGCAUGAUAAGCCCGAGUGUAGCUCGGGGUUACCGCUUGUGCUACACUCGGGAAUACCGCCAGGGAGGUUA